CUCAUAUUAUUUGCCUUUACGCCAUAGUUAUACUAUUUAUAUUUGGAACAUUUGGUGUUCUUCACUUAUUCCUUGACUUUACUCUCAGUUUACUAUUCCUAUUGGGAAUCCUCUACCUGUUCUUGAGGUUGAUCUGCCAGGCCUUGAUCUACCCUGGCUCAUUCAAAUUAUACCAGAGGAUCAACCAAAAUAAUCAAGGAUUGUUACAUGCCAAAAGAGUGCAAUAGCAGGUCAAGGAAUUCGAGGAAAUCUUGUGCCAACGCAAACAGCCAAACGUAAACAUUUUACAAUGGUCUGAAACAUAAGGAUAGAUAUUUUAAACAAUGCAAAACCAAAGCGAACUCCAGUAGGAGUAUAGCAAUUGUCUCAAGCAAAUACUCUAAAUACUUCGAAUCAAAUGCAACGAUGAAUAUUUGUAUUAGUAAAUAUUGAAAGGUAAUCAGAUUGAAUAAAAGUAUGUUGAUUAUUUGAUAACCAAUUUGGAUGCCAUGUACAAUAUCGCAAAUAAGCAUGUGCAAGAAUUGAAGGGAUUGCAAAAAUUUAAAAGGUGGUGCUCUUUGGAACUGUUUGGUGGUUUGAAUGAAUUUAGGGCAAUGAUAUAAUUGUAGAAUUAAAAUGCUAAGAGAGUGAUGAUCAUCAAUGGAAACACAAAAAUUGAUUGCAUGUACUUGAUCAAUCAAACAGACGAUCAGCCAAAUAACACAGUGCUCUUUUGUAAUCCCAAUGGAGGGUAUUAUGAAUAUAUGUACUAUGAUUGUAAUUGGUUUAGAUUCUAUGAAUACAAUAAAAUAAAUGUGAUAGUUUGGAAUUAUAGAUAAUAUGGUUAUAGUACUGGCUAAAUCAAUCCCAAAGCCCUCCUCUAAGAUGCCAAUACCCUAGUCAAUUACUUCAGAGAACAUUUCAACAUAACUCGGUUUGGCAUCUAAGGGUAUUCAUUAGGGGGAUCAAUUGCGGGAGAGGUGGCUUUGUAAAACAAUCUAGAUUUUUUGAUUGUUGAUAGAACAUUCUCAUCUCUGGGAUAGGUGGCUUCAAAGUGUUUUAGCAGUUGUAUAAGGAUGAUUCUCAAUAUCGUAACGGACUGGGAUAAACCUAUAUACAUGAGCUAUUGGAAUUACAAAGGACAUAAAUUGAUCGUGCAAGAUUCCAAAGAUGAAAUCAUCCCUUACGUUGCUCAAUUACAAGUAGCAGUAGCGAGAGAAUGGUUCAGUCCCUAUAAAGAGAAAUAUUUCAGCAAGAUUACGUCUAUGUUAGAUCAGGAGUCAGCCAGUUUUUAGAAAUUCUUCUACCAAAACAUUCUCAAUCCUUAACAAAUGAAGAUUCUAUCAGAUAGUUUAAAUAGAGUAGUUAGUUUGCUAGUGAAAUUGAACUAACUGGAAUAAUAAAUGGAGUAUCUUCAAGAUAGAACUCUGAUCAAUAUGAACACUAUUUAAACGAUUCACAAUUAAGAAAACUACGUGGAAUUGAUUACUGUUGAGGAGUUGGAGAGAAUGUAGCCCCUCCUGUAUUCAAUGUUUGAAAUAAUGUACGCCUUAAAGUACAGUAAUACAGCUUUGAUUGAUCUGUUGAUUUACAGCUAAGACAAUUUUGAGGAGAAGAUCUAGUGCUUCUUUGCAUGUUGUUUCACCUUUGGGAUGCACGACCACCAUCGUAACUUUAUAUAACAGUAUUCAUUCUACAGGUAGGAAAUGACGGAGUUCUUGAACUUAGAGGCAAAUCAAAAUGAUUGGGAGAAUUUAAAACAAGAUGGCUAAAUAAUCUUAGAUCAAUUCAAUAAAAUUGUUGAUCGCUUCUCAGAGUAUAUGGAUGACACCUAAUAGACGCAUAAUCUGAAUGAAUCUACUGAGAGAGGAACCAAUAUUGAGAUGAAAUUGACAUCCCAUUACAUAACCAAAAUUGGACAAUUAAUUAAUGUGGACUGUGGACAUAACAACAAUUUGACUGAAUUAGAUUUUGAUCACGUAAAGGCAUUCUUUAGAGAGGUAGGAAUCCAAUGAAUUGAUAAUCUAUUUUAGUAUUAUGAU